ACGAAGCUCGCGGACGUGGAGCUCGGCGAGGAGACGCCGAGCAAAAAGCUCACGCAUAAGGAGAAGAAGAAGCUGAAGAAGCAGCAGGAGUACGAGCGGACGGUGGAGAUGAUGACGAGGGCGGGCGGGCAGGGUCACAGCGAGCUCGAGUCCAAUUUCACUAUUUCGCAGAGUCAGACGCAGCAGCGCGGUAAUCAGCAGCUGGACAACGCGGUUGAUAUCAAGGUGGAGAACUUCAGCAUAGCGGCCAAGGGCAAGGAGCUCUUCACCAACGCCAGCUUGCUCAUAGCGCAGGGCAGGCGGUACGGCCUCGUGGGACCGAACGGUCACGGCAAAACUACCUUGCUUCGCCAUAUAGCCAACAGAGCCUUUAAUAUUCCGCCUACGAUAGACGUUCUAUAUUGUGAACAAGAAGUUAUAGCGGAUGAUACUCCGGCUGUAGAAGUAGUGCUCAAAGCUGAUGUAAAGUGCACGGAGCUUCAAGCGGAAUGCAAGAAGUUGGAGGAGUUGACAGAGCAAGGGGAUACCACUGUGCAGAACAGAUUGCAAGAGGUGUACGAUGAAUUGAAAGUCAUCGGAGCGGAUUCGGCGGAGCCGCGAGCCAGGCGGAUUCUCGCCGGUUUGGGAUUCAAUCGUGCGAUGCAAAAUCGCGCGACGAAGAACUUCUCUGGUGGUUGGCGAAUGCGUGUUUCGCUGGCGAGAGCACUCUUCUUGGAGCCCACGUUGUUGCUGUUGGACGAACCUACAAAUCAUUUAGAUUUGAACGCGGUAAUCUGGCUGGACAACUACUUACAAGCCUGGAAAAAGACUCUGCUAGUUGUAUCACAUGACCAGAGUUUCUUGGACAAUGUGUGCACGGACGUAAUACAUUUGGAUCAGCAAAAGUUGUUCUAUUACAAGGGAAAUUAUAGCAUGUUUAAAAAGAUGUACGAGCAAAAGAGAAAGGAAAUGAUAAAGGCGUAUGAGAAGCAGGAAAAACGCUUGAAGGAUCUCAAAGCGUCCGGGCAGAGUAAGAAGCAAGCUGAGAAGAGACAAAAAGAGGCGCUCACGAGGAAACAAGAAAAGAAUCGGACGAAGAUGCAGAAACAGGAAGAGGAUACCGGACCCACGGAACUGUUACAAAAGCCAAGGGAAUACAUAGUGAAAUUCACUUUUCCAGAUCCACCGCCGUUGCAACCUCCGAUUCUUGGUCUUCAAAAUGUAACAUUUGGUUACGAAGGACAGAAACCGUUGUUUAUUGACGCGGAUUUCGGUAUAGACUUGAGUUCCCGAAUAGCAAUACUGGGCCCCAAUGGCGUCGGUAAAUCUACCUUCCUGAAAUUACUAAUGAGUGACAUAACGCCUCAGAAGGGAGAAGUCUCAAAGAAUCAUCGACUGAGGAUAGGAAGGUUUGACCAGCAUUCUGGCGAGCACUUAACUGCCGAAGAGACCCCGGCGGAAUAUCUAAUGCGACUAUUCGAUCUUCCAUAUGAAAAGGCGCGUAAGCAACUGGGCACUUUUGGCCUCAGCUCUCACGCGCAUACCAUCAAGAUGAAGGACUUGUCAGGCGGUCAAAAGGCGCGCGUUGCGUUGGCCGAGCUCUGUCUAAACGCGCCGGACGUGCUGAUCCUGGACGAGCCGACCAACAAUCUCGACAUAGAGUCCAUCGACGCCCUGGCGGACGCCAUAAACGAGUAUAAAGGUGGUGUUAUCAUCGUUUCGCACGACGAACGGCUGAUUCGAGAUACGGAAUGUUGUCUCUACGUGAUCGAGAACCAACAGAUUAACGCUAUCGACGGCGAUUUCGACGACUACAGAAAAGAACUGCUCGAGAGCCUGGGAGAGGUCAUCAACAAUCCCAGCAUAGCUGCAAAUGCUGCCGUUGAACAAUAAUCGUCGACCAAUUAGCGUAAUUGACAUCUUGGUGGCCUGUAAUAAUGUAUGUAAGAGCGAUCAUUGGAUUGCGAUCGAAGCCUUCGUACGGAUGCCCGUUCCUCCUAAGAGCGUCGGAUCCAAAUUUUGUAUUAUAAAUACCGUGCAACCGAGUGUAAAAAAUAAAUUGUUACCAACA